AUGGGCGUCCCCUCGGAACGCGAAGCAGGUGAUGGACCACCUGCUUCAUCUGCCUCUAAUCCACGAAGAACCCCCGGUAACCAGUCUUAUGCCCGCGUCGCCGCUCAAGGGACUGACGAACAAUCGCCUCUGCUGAGGCACGACGCCGACACCGACAAUGCUCAUGGGGAGCACGAUGAUUCACAAACUACCAAAAGCAUAUGGUACCUGCUCCUGUUGACCAUCAGUAUUGGUGGUCUUCAGAUCGCGUGGUCCGUUGAACUUUCAAACGGCUCCCCAUAUCUCUUGUCUCUGGGACUCAGCAAGUCUCUUAUGGCUUUAGUCUGGAUUGCUGGUCCACUUACUGGUACCCUUGUUCAGCCAUACGUGGGUAUGCUGAGCGACAACUGUCGUAUGCCCAUGGGGAAGAGAAAGCCAUUCAUGAUUGGAGGGUCGGUCGCAACGAUCCUCUCACUGCUGUUCCUUGCAUGGGCCAAAGAGAUUGUCGCAUGUGCUUCUAACAUUCUUGGUUUUGACCCCGAAUCACAGGGCGUCAAGACCACAACUAUCGUGGUUGCAGUUGUUGGUGUCUAUGUCCUCGACUUCGCCAUUAACACCGUCCAGGCCUCCAUCCGUGCCUUCAUUGUCGACUGUGCACCAGCUCACCAGCAAGAGUCUGCCAACGCCAUGGCUAGUCGAAUUACUGGAUUCGGCAACAUUGUCGGAUACAUUGCUGGGUAUGUUGACUUGACUCGUCACCUUGGGUUCCUCGGAAAGACGCAGUUUCAAAUACUUUGUGCUAUCGCUUGUGUGGCCCUCGCUUUGACGGUGUUUGUGAGCACUGCCCUCAUCAAGGAGCGAGACCCUCGCCUUGACGGGCCUGCCAAGAAACAGGAGCAUGGUGUGAUCUCUUUCUUCUUCACCAUUUUCAAGUCGAUCAAGCGUCUGCCACCUCAGAUCAAGAGGGUUUGCGAGGUCCAAUUCUGCGCCUGGGUUGGAUUCUUUCCUCUGCUGUUCUACACAUCUUCAUAUAUCGGGGAGAUCUAUGUAGAGCCAUACCUUGAAGCGAAUCCUCAUAUGCCCCCGGAACAGCUCAACAAACUUUAUGAGCAAGCGACUCGAAUUGGUACCUUUGCACUUCUCAUCAACUCCGUUGUGAGUCUGCUUACGAAUGUAUUCCUUCCCUUCUUUAUUGCUCCCACGUACGACAGCCAGCCUGUCACAAACGUUCCAGGAGAGACCCCCGCUGCUGGCUACUACGACGAAGACGAAGACGAGAAGCCCUCUUGGUUGGACAAGCUGGCCAUCCCUGGCCUCACUCUCAAGCGUGCAUGGUUCCUUUCUCUUCUACUCUUUGCUGGAUGCAUGUUUGCCACGCUCUUUGUGCGCACUGUCAAGGCGGCCACUGUACUGAUUGGUCUUGUCGGUAUCACAUGGGCCAUGACACUGUGGGCUCCAUGGGCCAUCAUCAGUGCCGAGAUCAGCCGGAGAGAUGCCCUGAUCCGUGCUCAGAGGAUGAGGCAGGCGACUGCGAGAGCAAACAACGGUGGAAUCGGGGGUGACGAAGAGGAAGAAGAAAUUGACCAGGCUGGCGUGAUUCUCGGCAUCCACAACAUGGCCAUUGCUGCACCGCAGAUUAUCGCUACUGUGGGCUCCAGUGUCAUUUUCAAGCUCUGGCAGAAGCCGCGAGGCACACCAGGUGACCACAGUAUCUCUAUCGUGUUUGCCCUUGGCGGUAUCUGUGUUUUGGUUUCAUCCUUUUUCGUGGCCAAGAUCAAGGAUGAUGCCGCCAUGCCAGCUGAUGUUAUGAUCGAGGCCGAAGAAGGCCAGAGCGGAGCGGCAGAGGCCGUAGAACGCCGACCAUUGAGCAGACGCAAGUCUACGAGGGAUCAGCUUCCUCGAGCAACACAGGCUCGGGCUAACCUGACACGAAACAAGAGUUUCGGAGGCGCUGAGAUGCACUGA